AUGUUAUCCACUCUCGUCGGAACAAGAUUAACGCCUUGGGUAAAACCACAAUCACUGAAACAAAGACAAAAUUUGGUAAUAUCCGUUUAUACUUUCUUGAUUUACUUUUAUAAAAAUUUGUAUUCUGAUAAAUUUGUUUCCCUUAAUUAGACCGUGUUUCUAUCGGUGUGUAAAUUUUCGAGUUAUCAAGUUACAAAAAAUAUCGAACAUAUCUCACAAAACAAUCGAGUCAAAACUGACAAAACUGUAUUGAAUUCGAAUCGCGAGGAAAACAAACCUCUUUUAGUUUUACUUAGUUGGUUGUUACCAAAGCGUGCACAUAUCAUGAAAUACGUGGAUUUAUAUUUGCAACAAGAGUUUGACGUUUUACUAGUGUCAAUUACACCUUGGCAAUUGUUAUGGCCAACGAAAGGAUCUAGGCUAGUCGCAGCAGAUUUGAUAGAAUUUCUAGAAAAACAACAAAAUUAUCAGCAAAUAUUGUUACAUGGAUUUUCAGUAGCUGGAUAUAUGUGGGGAGAAGUAUUGGAUUUACUGCAGCACGAUCCUCAAAAAUGUAACGAUAUAUUUGACAGGAUUGUCGGUCAAGUAUGGGAUAGUUUAGCCGAUGUGAACGACUUGGCAGUAGGCACACCACGUGCUAUAUUUCCAAAAAACGAAACGCUACAAAAUAUGUGUCAAAAGUAUUUCGAAUAUCAUUUAAAAACAUUUUACAAACAAUCUACUCGAUAUUACAUAAGAUCUAGUCAAUUAUUUCAUACAAACACACUGCACAAACCAGCGUUGAUGUUCGUAAGCAAAGCAGAUACAGUGAGUUCGCUAACGAGUAAUCUAAGAGUAAAGGAAAGCUGGGAUUCUUUGGGUACAAAAACUUAUAUCAAGAUAUUUGAAAAGUCUCCACACGUCGAACAUUAUCGUAAAUACCCAAAAGAAUAUACAGCAGAACUAUAUGCUUUCUUGAAUAAAUUAAAUUUAACGCAGAAAGAAAAAAAGGUGGGGGUACAAUUUUAAACGCAUAUAAGAUACAUCAAAAAAUAUUCGAGAUAAUCUUAUCACGAAAUACGUAGUUCUUGGAUGUAAAUAUUCGUUUCUCGUAGAAAUUGAAAAAAAUAACAAACUACGAAAUUACUUAUUAAAUAAAUAAUGGUUCGACUACUUUUGGCUGUGAACUUUAUCUGUGAAUAUUUUUGCGCAAUGAUAUUAAAAAAGUAUAAUCUAAAAUUACUACAAUCGUAUAGCAAGAAAUAAGAAAGUCGGAAAUUUAUUUCAGACGUAAAAAGUAAAAAUAAAAAGUAGUAAAAAGAAGAAAUAUCUCGCGAACUACAUAUUUUAUAUCGAUAUUGAACUUUUAUCAAUUGAAUUUUGUCUUUAGCAAGCAUAUAUACGCAAAUACUUUUUUUUUACAAUUAUCUUUUAAUACUAAUUCACAAGAAUGUGUUUUGUACACUGAAUAUCAAUAUAUUAUAAAAAUAUUCAUAUGUUUUUCAUUAUAUCACGUACACUUUUAAACGUAAUAAAUUUUAUACCAAUUACAUUUUAUUUUUAUCACGCGAAUUUUCAUGAAUUUUCUGUUUCUUCUUUAAUUUGUUUCCUCUCCUUUCCAAUGUUUCCUCAAUUUCAUCUGGAUCCUUUCCUUCGAGAAUAAGUUUUUUGCGUUUGUUAAUUAUUCUUUUUUCAUAAAAGCCCGUCUCGUCUAAUUUCAUUUCCGCUUCUCGUUUAACGACAGAUAUCUGCGUUAAGAUCGUAACUAUUUCCGCAUCUAUACCCAAAAAAGGCUGA